AUGUACAUCUCUCAAACUGAAAGCAACCAAGUAGUUUUUGAAGAUUGCCCUUCAUCUCCUUUAGGAAGAAAAGCAACUUCAGCUUUGAAUUAAGAUUCUUACUCAACUCCAAAGAGCAAGUACAAAAGUGUUGAAAAACAUGCCCACGAGUUGAUUAACACACCUAAACCUUCUUCUAAGAAGAAAAGUAUUUUAUCACACUUGGAAAAUACUUUAGAGUUACCUAGUUUUGAUGACGAUAUUCCUCAUAAUCAUUUAUCUAUCAAUCUUCACAAAUAAUUAUCAACUAUAUAAGAAAAUUUCGAAGAUGACAAAGAGAACAACUAGAACUUCUAUAAUUAAUAUAACUAUCAUUUCAGAGCUCCAGAGAAAAACAUAAAGAAAUAAAUUUUUUAGAGCGAAUUUGUAAACUAACUUGAAGACUAAUUCAAAGUUUAAAUGAACAACGUUUUUUCAUCUUUGAAUACGAGUGAUCUUGGUAUUCAUAACAUAAAUAACCAUUCAAAUUUAAUGUAAAACAUGUGCUAAUAAAAUAAACUCGUUGACUUCUUUUACAUGUUUAAUGAGAAAAAUGAGAGGAUAUAAAGUCUUUUCGAUACUUCAGCUCAAUUUGAAAUAAUUAAUUCAGGAUUCAAUACAAGCGUAGCCGAAAAUAUAAUCUAGCUAAACUAAAACUUUAGCAGGUUUCAAAUAGAUUCAAAUAGUAUUGAAUUUGAAUAGCAAUAAGAUGAUAUUAUUAUUAAUCUAAGAGGUACUGGUUUUGGAUAUUCGAAUAAUUGCUUUAAUCUUCUUGCAAGUGCUAAGAUUAAUUAUAAUAAUAAUCUUAUCUCACACAUUAGAAUUUAAUUCAUUUGA